GCCCGCAUGGAGGGCGGCAACGCGUACGUGGCGGAUAAGUCGCCGCAGCAGGCCGCGCCGCCGCCAGUCGACCUGCUCGCGGCGCCCGCGGCGGCCGCGCCGCCCGCGGCAGCCCCGCCGCCCGAGGUGGCCCCGCAGGAGCCCCCCACGUCGACCUGGACACCUCGCCGGCGGCGGCCCUUCAGCCCGAGGUGGCCCAACAGGAACGCGGACCUCGUCGACCUGGACGCCUCACCAGCGGCGGCCCUGCCGCCCGAAGUUGCCCCGCAGGAAGGCGGCGGUGACGCAGCAGAUCCACCAGACCUCAUCUGA